CUCCUAGCUUGCAGCCUUUUCUCCUCACCGGCGCCGUGAGCAGGCCCGACGAUGGACCGGCUGGCAAGCGCAUGCGACUGGUUGUUGAUGACCGUCACGGGCGCAGUCGCCAUUAGCCAUGCCGUCUUGAAAUUCACACUAGAUUUGCUGGUUUUUCUGACCCAUCAAAGAAGUGCAAGCCAACACAGCCAACAUUUGUGCGACGUCAUCACAGAUGGCUUUCGCAGCCUCUUGGCGGAGUUCACGCAUCUCGUAGAGCUGCUGGAUCGUUACCUCAUGAGCAUCAACCAAUUUGUUGUAUUUCUCGCAUUCUUCGUCGUCGUUCUUCCCUUGAUCAUGUUUGUCCUGCUCCUCGGCUUUGUGCUCCUCAUCGCAGCCGCCAUAAUCGUUGCUGGCGCCUCAGCCAUCUGCCUUGUCGUCGAUGUCAUCGUCAUCUUCACUCGAGAGAAUAGCAAUGUCGCCGAGCCACCUCCACAGCCAGCUAUCAACUUUGAAGAUUUGCCAGGGAACAAGCGCUCAGGAAGCAUACUUUUGAUACUUGUCAUCAUCCUGGGUACUUACUUUGGAGAAACUAAUCGCAAGCUCGGUGGAAGUUGUCGGUCAGAUCGAUGCUAACUGCAUGUCGGGGCUGUCUUGCUGCAAUUGGGAUGGCUGCGUUCGCCAAAAGUGCGUCCAAACAACGGUUGCCAGCCCGUUUGACACAAUUGACACAUCUCUGCCGUUCAACAAAUAUGCCUUCCUGACGACACACAACUCAUUUUCAAUAACCGGAGUCACACGCUUGACGUUCUACAACCAGGAAGAUUCAGUCACCGAUCAACUGAAUAAUGGUGUCCGUGCGCUGAUGCUGGAUGUGUACGACUUCAGGGACGACAUAUGGUUGUGCCACUCGUUAGGAGGGACGUGCUACGAUCUCACUGCCUUCGAACCAGCCAUACAUACACUGAGGGAAGUUGAGGCGUUUCUGCUGAGAAACCCAUCAGAGAUCGUGACACUGAUUCUUGAGGACCACGUCUCUUCUCACCAGGGAUUGACCAAGUUAUUCAAUAAGACAGGCCUUGGCAAGUACUGGUUUCCUGUACCAAAUAUGCCCCAAAAGGGUGAGGACUGGCCAAUCGUCAGCGACAUGAUCAAGCACAACCACCGGUUGCUCGUGUUUACCUCCAACAGAUCUAAGGAAUUGACCGAAGGAAUUUCCUACCAAUGGAACUACAUGGUUGAAAACCAAUGUAAGCUUCAAGUUCUAAUACUAGGUCAUCGAUCAUAAUAGAUGCUUGGAAAAGAAAUACUCCCUCGGUAUCUAAAUAGAUGUUGCCGUUGACUUUUUGUCAUGAGUUUGACCACUCAUUUUAUUUUCAAAAAAUUUGUGCAAACAUAUAAAUACAUAAACCAUGCUUAAAGUACGUUGAUGAUGAAGUGAGUUAUACAUAAGAUUUUUGAAAUUGACAAAAAAAAUUGAAUAAAAUGAGUGGUCAAAAUCGUGAUAAAAAGUCAAUAGCAACAUCUAUUUAGAUACGAAGGGAGU